AUGAGCUCUUUCGUGGCAAAUAUUCUCAAGGCUCAAACAAGAUCAGCCUCUUCUAGAGCGAUAUUAGCCGCGCCAUCUAUUGUAUCUUCAAUUCCAACCACUGCACCAGUGAUAAAUCAUUGUCCAGAACAGGCACAACUCAGAAGAAGACUGCCUAACAGAUGCGGCGCAUUGAGUUUGAAAAGAGGCAUGAUUCCAUUUUUCGACGAAGCCAGCGGCAAUAGAGUGGCAGCCACGGUACUGGAACUCAACAACGUUGAGGUCAUUAUGCAUAGAACUCUAAAGGAUAAUGGAUAUAUUGCGUGUCAAGUUGGAUUCGGUGACAAGCACCCGGAAAAAGUGUCGCGUCAAAUGUUAGGCCAUUUUGCAUCCAAAAUAGUAAACCCAAAAGAAAAGGUCGUUGAGUUCCGCGUAAAGACUGAGUCAGGCUUAUUGCCACUAGGAAGUCUUAUAAAACCUUCCUUCUUCCAACCGGGCCAAUAUGUCGAUCUGCGGUCCGUAAGUAAAGGUAAGGGGUUUACUGGUGUCAUGAAACGUUACAACUUCAAGGGUCUCAAGGCGUCGCAUGGUGUUUCGGUUUCUCACAGAAAAGGUGGUUCGUAUGGUCAAAAUCAAACGCCCGGCCGUGUCUUGCCAGGCAAGAAAAUGCCUGGGCACAUGGGUGUUCAGCAAGUCACAAUUCAGAACUCUCAGGUUCUUAAAAUAGAUGAUGAAAAUGGAGUGGUUAUAGUGAAAGGUUCGGUAGCAGGUCCAAAGGGUGGCUACGUUAGAAUUCAAGACGCCAUAAAGAAGGCUCCGAAAUUAUAA